GGCCGGACCUUACCACACGGGUCCCCCCCCACUUCUAUAGGGUGUUUCUAUAGGGUGCCCCACAUCUAUAGGGUGCCCCCCCAUCUAUAGGGUGCCCCACGUCUAUAGGGCACGGCCAUGACCCUGUUUCACUUCGGGAACUGCUUCGCUCUCGCCUAUUUCCCCUAUUUCAUCACGUACAAGUGCAGCGGCCUGUCCGAGUACAGCGCCUUCUGGCGCUGCGUCCAGGCCGGAGCCACCUAUGUGCUGGUGCAGCUGGGAAAGAUGCUGUUCUUGGCCACGUUCUUCCCCACGUGGGAGGGGCCAUCGGGGGGGUUCGACCUGGUGGGGGAGUUCCUGAGGGCCACAGUGGACGUGCUGGAUCUGGGGGGGCUGCAGUUGGCCCUGGGCAGGGGGGGGGGCCGGGGGGAGCUGCGGAUCCUUGUGGCUGCCCUGGGCUGGGCCAGCGCCGAGCUGCUCACAUCCAGGUGUGUGCCGCUGUGGGUCGGGGCGCGGGGAGUGGAGUUCGACUGGAGGCACCUGCAGAUGGGGCUGGACUCCAACAUCAGCCUGGCCCGUCACGUGGCCGCGGCCGCGCUGCUCUGGGCCUCGGGCCGGCAGGAGCUCCCUCCGCGCAUGCGCGUUCCGCUGAUGGGGCUGCUGCUGGCGGCGGCGUACGAGGGGUUCCUGAGCGGGUGGGCGGGGCAGGCGCUGGGGCUGGGGCCGUGGGGGGGGCUGGGGCUGCGCGCGGUGGGGGCGGGGGCUCUGGGGUUGGGGGCGCUCCGGGUCAUGACCCCGCUCCUGCCCCCGCCCCCCCCGCUGAAGUAA